CGGUGGAUUCCAGCUGCUUCAACUUUCGCGACGGCUUGUUAUGAUCGUUAUUCACUGCAUUUCUCGUCCCCCAACACCGGUCGCGUUUGAGUGAAUGGGCGAUUAUUUACGAUUUUUAAGCGACCAGCCUCUCACUUGUCGCCAUGCCCACUCCUGACCGCAGGAGUGACCGACACUCGUCGCGUCGCAGCCCCGAGCAGCAGCAACAGUCCCCCUUUCGCCGAGCUCACCGCGACCCUCAUCAUCUUGAUUAUAAUUUCGAUCACUCUCGAUUAAGUCCUGGAGAUAAAGAUCGUGCUCGACAUCGGAGAACUUUCAGCCAAACACAGACCUUGAGAGGGGCGUUCGAAGCUGCCUCACGCGUCCCAAGGAUGGCGGAGGAUUUCCCACAGACUACUUCCUACGCGCGGGGCACCCCAAGCCCUCGGAGAAGACAGAGCGCCUUUGCCUUUUCUCCAGAGUCGAAUCCCCCGAAUGAACUCGAGGAUAUCUACCAGAGGAUCAAUGACGCCGACAGUUUGGUGGAUUUAGAGGACCCGGACGAGGACCUGUAUCUUUCAGGGGAGCAACCACGAAACACUCGAAACAGGCGCUUAUCGUCAGGAUCUGGGUUCAGGGGGAAUGCGAAUGGACAUCAGGAUGACAUAUUCACCACUUCUGAUGGAUUGGGCGAGAUUGCGGAUGAGCAUGUCAAGGACGAACAGCGGCUGAGACGGGCGACAACUAACCAGUCACCUGUGCUCAGCAGGUCGGGAACACCGCUGGCCUUGACAGCAGAGAAUCUGCAGCGACGUGAGGAAGAGGUCCAAGAGCAUGCGCCAGACGACGACGGUGAUGACCUUAAGCCUUCGUUAAACCUCCCCUCUACAUGGGGCAGCCGCGCAACACAACGUCGAGGUUGGAUGAGAGACAUCGGUCGACGCAAUCAAAGUGUGCCCCAAGAAGAGAAGAAGGAAGAAAGGAAAGAGCCUGCAAACUCCUCGACCCCGAAAUCAAGUCCUGGCAUGGACUUGCGUGCCAAACUCGCCAAAGCCAGUGAGCGUUCUCCGGCACGCCCCAAUCUGACAAGCAGAAGUGCUCUCGGGGAACGGUCUACGAGCAAUUACAACAGGAUUUCACCGGCCAAAGAGGGAACUGGUCUAUCUCCGGAGCAGAAAAAUCACCAAUCAACCGAGGGAGAUGUUAUCCCUAACACGCCGAUUAUUGUGUACAAGAAUUCCACUUUUAACAAACGCAGCCCAACAAAACGGGACUCGCAUACACUACUUCGCAAACUGUCAAGAACUGAGAGCCCGGGCCAAAUUCAUAUGCAAACACCAGAGGCCCAGAAGCUCCCAGAUAGACAGAAUAUUUACGACAAAACGCCUGUUGUGACCGGCGCCUGGAUAGAUACCCCCAUGACUGAACGAGCCACUGAGCCCCCAAUGAAAAUACCACCACCUGUCGAACCUCCCACUCCCAUAAAAGAGGAACCCGAGCAGCCUUCCCAACAGGCAGAGCCUCAAUGGACAGGGUCUCAGAGGACAGAGCCUGAGCGAACACAACCCCAGGUCGAUGUACAACCAAAGCAAGAGGUGCAGCCUAAAAAUAAUUUACUGAGGAAAAGGCCAUCGCUCAUUAAGCCUAAUUUGCCAAAGAGCGGUUUGGAGAAUAUUAUGCAAGAUGCCAAGACUGACAAGGAUUCUUAUGAGUUUGGUGACGAUACGAUCGAGUCCCUCCAAUUGAUUCUGGAUGAACAGCCAACUGAAACGAAGGGCGAAGACGAGGAUGAUGCUGCAUACGAAAAAGCUAUACUGGAAAAGCUAAAGCUUGCAAAUGCGGCAGGAAAAUCUGCCGUCGAUGUUGAUCAGCUGGACGAGAAGUUUUUCGAUCGAUUUAACGACAAAGUGAAGCUACUGGUUCAGAACAUCAGUGAAGCCCAAAAGGGACUCAGUGGCCUGGAGGAACAAGUUGCGCGAGACACUGCCAUAUUUUCUGCACGUCUAGCAUCUGGGAAAGAUCCCAAACAGCCGCAUCAACUUCAUGCAGGGGAGAACUGUGAGACAUGUGGAGUGCAGAGUGAUGGCCGUUUAUAUGCCUCUAUUCGACUUCCGCGCUUAUGGACCCGAGAUUCGGUUUCGCGGCGCAUCCGUCUCACUCUCCUGGGCUGGUUUAUCACCAUAUCACUCGUCUGGUUCUUUUCCGAGUCGACCAUGUGUGAUUACUACUGCCAUCCUUUAGUUUCCGACGUUUGUGAAGGCAACUGCUUACGACCGGAUGCGCCACAGUUCCCCUUUGUGAUCCCAACCAUGAUGUGGCGCUGGUCACAUCUCUCGACGAUCCUGGCUCCUGUCAUUACCAUGGUGGUUGCGUUCUUCCGACUCAUUGCACAGCUCAUGGGAUUCUGGGAUGGCUAUGUAGAUGACAUUCCACGUGCUGUCAACCUCUCUGGCGAGAUCCGUAUCCAUGGAACACGAAUCACCGACUUUCCAGCGGCUGCAACAUCCAGUCGCAGUACCUUUUCCUCUCCUAAAAGAUGGCAGGGACAAAGCCAGGAGUCUGUACCAAAACUGAAAUUGGAUCACAAUACACCCGUGGAGAACUUGGGUGAUGAUCCGUCAAUUGAUGAUGAUGAAUAUCUUUAGCGACACAUAUUCCCAUUGCGGCUUACAUGUUUUAAGCUUGAAUUUAUAUCAUUCACGUUCAUUUAUUUUAAUGGAAAUACAGUGAACACUUUGCAAUAUGUUGAAUAUCAAAUCUCCCAAGAAUUCUAUAUACUAUGGAGUACCUAUGUAAAAGAA